AACCAUCAUCGCAUUCCCAUUCCCCAAGAGAACCUCACAUCCUCAUCAUACCUUUCAUCCCCAAGCUCUUCCUCUCCUCUACCUUCAUCAUGUCUGUCCCCAACUUUGCCGACAUCGCCAAGGCGAGCAACGAUCUCCUCAACAAGGAUUUCUACCACCUCUCUGCCGCCACCCUUGAGGUCAAGAGCAACACCCCCAACAACGUUGCUUUCAAGGUCACCGGCAAGACUUCUCACGAGAAGGCCACCGCUGGAGCUAUUGAGGGCAAAUACUCCGAGAAGGCUUCCGGCCUCACCCUUACCCAGACCUGGAACACCGCCAACGCCCUUGACACCAAGGUCGAGCUCGCCGACACCCUUGCCAAGGGCCUCAAGGCCGAGGGUGUCUUCUCCUUCCUCCCCGCCACCCAGGCCAAGGGCGCCAAGUUCAACCUGCACUUCAAGCAGCCCAACGUCCACGGCCGUGCCUUCUUCGACCUCCUGAAGGGCCCCACCGCCAACAUUGACGCCGUCGUCGGCCACGAGGGUUUCCUCGCCGGUGCUUCUGCCGGUUACGACGUCAACAAGGCCGCCAUCACCGGCUACUCCGCCGCCGUCGGCUUCACCGCCCCCGCCUACACCGCUGCCAUCACCGCCACCGACAACCUCAGCAUCUUCGCUGCCUCUUACUACCACAAGGUUAACAGCCAGGUCGAGGCCGGUGCCAAGGCCACCUGGAACUCCAAGACCGGCAACAACGUCGGCCUUGAGGUUGCCUCCAAGUACCGCAUCGACCCCGUCUCCUUCGCCAAGGUCAAGGUCAACGACCGUGGUGUUGCCGCCCUCGCAUACAACGUCCUCCUGCGCCCCGGUGUCACCCUCGGCCUCGGCGCCUCUUUUGAUACCCAGAAGCUUGACCAGGCUACCCACAAGCUCGGUGCCAGCUUCACCUUCGAGGGUUAAGCAUAUCCCCAUCCCCUCCCUGCCUCCCCGGAUAGCAUGGUCAAAUAAGGUUAUACCGAUCUCCAUUCAUCCGUUGUUAUCAACACCUCUCUUCCGCUCGGGCGGUUGCUUGUUUCGAUGUAGACUAGUUCUCCUGAGAGUAAUGGAACCUCACGAAGGCGGUCAUCCCGUCUCGUACCACCC